AUGCUUCUCCUUCCUUCGCCUUCGUGUUCCUUCCCCGCACCCCUCCCUCCCUCCCUCCCCUCUCCCUCCCUCCCUCCCUCCCUCCCUCCUCCCUCCCUCCCUCCCUCCCUCCCUCCCUCCCUCCCUCCCUCCCUCCCUCCCUCCCUCCCUCCCUCCCUCCCUCCCUCCCUCCCUCCCUCCCUCCCUCCCUCCCUCCCUCCCUCCCUCCCUCCCUCCCUCCCUCCCUCCCUCCCUCCCCUCCCUCCCUCCCUCCCUCCCUCCCUCCCUCCCUCCCUCCUCCCUCCCUCCCUCCCUCCCUCCCUCCCUCCCUCCCUCCCUCCCUCCCUCCCUCCCUCCCUCCCUCCCUCCCUCCCUCCCUCCCUCCCUCCCUCCCUCCCUCCCUCCCUCCCUCCCUCCUCCCUCCCUCCCUCCCUCCCUCCCUCCCUCCCUCCCUCCCUCCCUCCCUCCCUCCCUCCCUCCCUCCCCUCCUCCCUCCCUCCCUCCCUCCCUCCCUCCCUCCCUCCCUCCCUCCCUCCCUCCCUCCCUCCCUCCCUCCCUCCCUCCCUCCCUCCCUCCCUCCCUCCCUCCCUCCCUUCCCACAAAGCCCUCGAAGCAAGGCACGCACCAGCGACGUUGGGGCGGUCGUCCAUCUGCGCGUGGUCAAAGUCAGCGCGCAUGUGCUUCACCUCGUCCAUCAGCUCUAUGGCCUGGAACAGCGGCGCUGAUACCUCGUUCGGGGGCCGCUCUGAGAGACACGCCUUUAUCAACCACCUGUGGGCUUCCAGUGACUCUGCAAGGGACCCUAAGCACCUGCCCGCCUUUGGACCUACCCUUUACAACAGUGAGCAGUCCUGGCCUCGCUUGCAACCAUGCAUCCGUGCACCCUUGCACCCUGCACAUCACCACUUUCCGCCCCACCUUUGA